AUGUCAGAGAAAGGAGACUCGCCAGCAGAGACGCCACUGCGCGGCAAAGGGAUCUCGAAGCGUCCCCCUCCUCUUGGCGAGCCUGGCGGUGCUGCUGGUGGCAGGGCUGAUCGCUCACGCUGGCCUCCACAGGGUGAGGAAACAGACCUGGACGCCUACGCCACUAUGGCCUACGUGCAGUCCCUCCAGGCAAAGAUCGAUGCGAUGGAGACCUCAAUCAAGGAGUCCAUCAACGCCACCGUCACCACCGUGGUCGGCUCCGCGACCAAUCCCAUCUCGCUGGCGCUCAAGGCCGCCCAGGACGGCAUCGACGGGCUUGGCGCCAAGAUCGAGAAGAACGUCCACCUCGCCGUCGGCCAACAGAUCGACUCCACGAGGAAGCACUUCCAGCAGAUGCUCGACGCGUUCAACAUCCGCGUCGGCGAGGUCGAGGCCAAGCAGGAGAAGACUGACAAAGCCAUCGGGCUCAUGGCCGAGCAGAUCAAGAUCUUGCAACGCGAGCUCGCCACAUCCAACCAGCAACCGAUCAAGCAGCAGUACAUCGGGCGCGACUUCGACCGCGAGACCGACGCCACCAUCAUCAAGGUCCAUGCCGACGGACUCGUCACCCUGGCCAAAGCCACCGAGUCCCUCACCAAGUUUGUGGCGGGCUGCGACAUCCGCGACCGCCGAGCACAGAAGGUCCCGGACAGCAUGCGCUCGUCCAACGGCACCUGGGUGCGCAUCUACGCCGACGCUGUCUCGGGCCACGGGGCGGUCGAGCUGCGGAUGGGCCCCGACAAGACGCCGAAGCAGAUCAAGACGGAGAUCGUUGGGAAGCGCCUCCGCCAAGCCAUGGAACGCGAGGUCCCGAACCACGUCUGGCGAGUGGACCGCACAAAGGCAUGGAUCACAGCAGGGUGGGCCCCUGUCAUCGCGUACAGCGUCCGCCCAGGCAGGGGCGAGCCGACCAUCCUCACGUUCCAAGACACCGGCCUGCCUGCGCUGGGCAUCGACCGCACGACGCUCAAGAACGCAGCCAGCGUGGUCGUCGCACCUGAAGCCGCCCCGCACGGACCGUCGCCCUGCCUAGCAGUCGGCACGUGGAACGCCCGCGCUCUCUUGGGCUACCAGGGCAGACGUGUCGUGGAGAAGUCAUCGUACCUCAAGUCCAUGCCGCUGCGCAAGAUGGUCUUGGGCAUCCAGGAGGUGCACCAGAACCAUGACCAGCUCCUCGCCUUCAUGCGGAAGAUCGACAGCACCCUCGACAUGCACUCCUCCUUCGCUCCUGGGUAUCAUGGCACUAUCAGUGGCGGGGUAGCCGCUGUGUUCCCAGCUGGGAUGAACGCCGUGAGCGACCCCAUCUUCCCUGGCCGUGUCCUACGCUCUGUCUUCCGUGCUGGCGACCAAAUGAUGAUCUUCUACAAUGUCCACAAUUACGACCUCAGCAACGCCACCAUCCAGAACAUCACCUCGCGCAUCAACAACGACCUACAUUGGGUGAGGUCCGACCCGAGCCGCAAUGUCAUGUUCGUCACUGGUGAUUUCAACUUCUCCGCCGUCGGGAAGCUGAAGCUCAUGGACCCUGCGGCAAAGGGCAACUCGAACCCAUCCGAAACGUCCAAAGCAUCGGCGCGCAAGUGGCACAACGCUCUGCAGCAUCUAGUGGAGAUUGACAGCGCCGACACCACGCACUACUGCUCCGAGACGAAGGCAUCCUUUUCCGCCGAGAUGCUGAGCAGCGUCUCGAAGCCAUUGACCAAGCAGUUCAGCGUGGGCGCCUACGACCCGCUCAAGCUCUGGAACCCGCUCAGCAAGCGUCUGGUUCUGACGGGGGUCAAGACUAGCGAGGGCACCGUGACGGGCCCCAGCGAGCGACUCAAGAAACUUGUCGAGCACUGGCAGCCCGUCUUCGAGGACAAGUCCGUCGACUCGACCAAGGCCGCAGCCUACCUGAACCAGUUCUCGCCCACCAUCGAUUUUUCCAAGUACAAGCCGCCAGACUACGAGACGCUCAAGAAGUUCGCCAAGCGCUCGUCACCCACCUCGCCAGGCCUUGAUGGGCUCCCGUACCUCGCCUGGUCCGCGCACGAAGAGUGCACCGAGGUUCUCUGGGACGUCAUGUGCUACAUGCUUAACGGCGGCAUCUUCCCCGACGAAGUGAACGCGACUGUCCAAGCCUUCUUGCCCAAAGGUGAGGAACCCGAGGACUCGGAACACAACGGCUGCCAUCGAGACCCAUCCAAAGUUCGUGUCUUGGGACUGCGCAACACGUCCCUCAAGAUCAUCAGCAGCGCGAUGAAUGCUGCGACGGCAAUGGUGGCAGCUGAUGUAGUCCCAGCCUCACAGGGCGGGUUCAUCCACCGGCGCAACGUUGGCUACAACAUCCUCGAGCUCGACGCCGAGAGCCGCAUUGCCUCGGCCGACCCAGAUGCCCAGAACAUGCUGCCUGUGCUGGUGUCGCUGGACAUCGCGCAGGCCUUUCCCAGCUUCGCCCACCAGUUCAUCCGUCUGGCGCUCAAAGCCAUGGGCGCCCCUGAAGCGGCCCUAAUGUUCUUCGACUCCAUGUGCAACAACAUCCUCGCGAUGGCCCCGUGCGCUGGCCAGUACGUACCGCUCUUUUACAUCAGGUCGGGCAUCAUCCAAGGAUGCGGAUGGAGCGGCACGCUGUAUGCGCUGGGCACUGCAUGCUUCCUGCUCAACCUCGAGACCGUCCUCGAAGCUCAAGGCCGUGGACUUUGUCGGGCAUGCGCUGAUGACCUUGGUCUUGUCCUUCGGGCCGUUGCCUACCUCGUCUACCUCGCAGACGUCAUGCUUUGCAUGGAAAUCCUGGCUGGUCUUGAAUUGAAGGCGCCGAAGUGCCACAUCUUCCCCUUGGCAGGCCAGGUCAAUGCUGACCUCGCCCUCAGGCUCAAAAACGCGCUGCUCGCCAUAGUCCCGAAGUUCAAGGACUUCAACGUAUGCGACCACCUUACCUACCUCGGCCUCUUGCUGGGCCCUGGCGCCACGGACCAGCUCAUCUACGCGAAAGCGUUCAACAAGUACCGCUCCCGAGCCAUGGCGCACAGCGCGAGUGACGCGCCAGCCGUCGGAACUGUCUCCCUGUAUAACGGCCGCGCGCUCCCAGUCCUUGGCUACCUUGCCCAGUGCGCCUUGCUCCCGCACGAGCACUUCAAACACGAGAGCUGGAUCAACGCCUCCGUCCUGCGCUUCCCGAAUGGCGCUUUCAG